AUGAUUUUCCUCAUGACGUCAUGAAACAUGGCCGACACAAACACGAAGAAAGUCGUCUACGGAAUCGUCGGCAACAUUCCCGGGCAUUUCCACUCUGCAGAUCUCAGGAACUUUUUCUCCCAGUUCAUAGAAAGUGGAGGGUUCGACUGUUUUCACUUCAGACACCGUCCGGAGGCGAAAGGCGCCGAUACGCCAGAGGAAACCGACGAAAGAAACGUGUCGCAAAAAGGGGAGGGGGGCGAGUUAGUAGGUUCAGAAACAAGUCUUUCGGCACAGCACAGCCAAAAGGCAGUUGGAGUAACGGCAGGCACAGCAGUUUUCCCGUCUACGUCUGAGCAGAAAGUAUUAACAGACUACAGAGCAAGUGUGGAUGGCGACAAUGCAGCCGGACCAAGCAGAUGUAAAGAGAAGAGGAAAACUCUGUGCUGUGUAGUACGUGUUCUGGAGGAGAGAUGGGCCGAGUUUGUGAAGCUGUACCACGGGAAACACUGGGUGGACAGGCGGGGGGACUACCUCAGGCACAGGGCAGGCAUCAGGAGGGUCAGGCUGGCGGAGGAAGGUUCUGAUGCACUUAAAUACCAGACCAGGAAGGAAGUAGAGCAAAGACGGAAGAGAAAAGAUGGAGAAACAAUCAGCCAAUCAGAGCUACAGAAGCUCAUCGAGCUCCACCCACCCGACGUCAUGCCUCGCGGGAACGUCGGAACGCCAAUCAAAGUAUUUCUAGAACUCAUCCGCACCUGCCGGCUCCCCCCUAUUCUCAUCCACAAACUUGGACUGGUCUUCCCUUCCACUGGGUCUAGUAGGAGGUACGGGAAUGUACCAUUUGACUACGGGGGGAGGGUGGUGGAGGGAAGCAUGGUGCUGACAGGGACAGGGGAGGAACUGUCUGCUGAGGUGGGAUUUGUAGAACAGCAACAGAGAAGGAAGGAAGAAGAGCAGGAGAAAAGGAGGGAGCAAGAGAGACAGCAGAAGGAGGAGGAAGACAAAGCUGAUGAGUCCCACUCUGAUGAUGACAAUGACACAUGUGAGGAAUGGGAGCGGCACGAGGCUCUGUACGACGACGUGACCAAACAGGGGAGGAACAAGGAGCGUCUGUUUGAGGAGGAGAUCGAGCUGAAGUGGGAGAAGGGAGGCAGCGGGCUGGUGUUCUACACAGACGCACAGUUCUGGGACCAGAUGAGGGGGGACUUUGAUGAGAGGACUACCGACGACUGGGAUGUAGACAUGAGUGUGUACUAUGACCCAGAUGGAGGAGACAAGGAUGCCCGGGACUAUCUUCAAAUGCGUCUUGAGCAACGGCUAAGGGCGGGGCUAGACGGGGAAGAAGACAUCACCUCAAGAAAGAAGAAAACCCGCAAAGAACGGAAGGAACAGAGAGAAGAAAGUGGAAAGAUUGGACAGUUUGAGAAGCACACAAAGGGCCUGGGGCGUAAGAUAAUGGAGAGACAAGGCUGGCGUGAUGGGGAGGGGCUGGGCUCCUGGAAGAAAGGGCCAGCAGACGCACUGGAGAAUGAAGGACAGGGGCCCAGGGACAAGAGAGGCUUUGGGUUUUAUGGCGAGAAACUGGAUCGUCAGGCUGGAGGAAACAAGCGGCGGCGCGUGGAGAAAGACGUGGUGAUUUCUACUGUGUACGAUGAGCCAUACCAGCUGGAUAAUGCAGAGACACUAACAAGACAGGCUGGACCUCACACACUCAAGUAUAGGACUAGUGUUCCCUUUGUCAGAGGCUCACAGGAAGACAAGACAUGAUAGCAGGAAUUGAGAAGAGUUGAAUUUUCGUUUUAAUUGUGUACUGUAUUUUGCUUAUGCCUUGGAAACAAAUGAAAACACAUAUUCUAUAUAUAUUUUGAAAUGAUUGUAUUUUUGAACAUGUUGUCAUAUUUCAUAAAUAUGACAACAUAU